AUGGAACUCAUCACUAAGUCAUCGGCAACUGCAAGUACUAGUUCUCCAGCUCAAGGAGCUUUUAAUACUGGGAGAUUAAUGGACAGAUUCAGUAAUCUUCAAGAGGAAAUGGUUCAUCAUAUUCUAUCCUUCCUCGCUCAAAGAGACCUCGCUCGAGUGGGCUGUGUGUCCAAUAGAUGUAGACAGUUUCAGCUGUCAACUCCAUCAUCGAAUUUCGACGCAAUGCCUUGUGCUCAUUUUACAUGGGGUAGAUUGAGGUUGUUGAAUUAUUUUGACAGGUUCUUGAUCCAACGCGGGAAUAAUCAUAAACAACGCUUUCGUAUUUGUUGGGUCUUUACAGGCCACUUGGUAGGCAACUGUGAUGAUUAUUUUCGAGUCAUCACUUGGAUCCAUAAUGCUGCAAGGUGUAACGUUGAAGUGCUUGAUCUUGACUUCCAUAGCCAUGAUGACAGGAUAAUAGAAGUAGAAUUGCCAAUCUGCCUCUUUCGUUGCCAAUCUUUGAAGUCACUAAUGGUGGACUUGAAGUUUAGCAUUCUUAAAACCCCAUCCCUGGCUUGUUCCACCACUCUCCGAAGCUUGAAGUUGAAAAAUCUUACGAUCAACGAGGAGUUUUGCAAAUGGAUCUCAUGUUCCUGUAAAUGCCUCAAGGAAUUAUGGCUUGAACUUGUUCAUGGGUCACAUAUUAUCACCAUCGAAAGCUCGUCUUUGGAAUCGUUGCAUUUUUCAUCCUGCUAUUUUUACUAUGGUUCUCAAUAUGUUGGCUGUGACAUCUUAUAUCUUAGCAUCUCAGGUGAAAAGCUCGAAGACAUGCAUUUGGAGUGGAAAGCUGUGUCCAGCAACCAUUUGAUAAAUAUAGACGCUCCGAAACUUAAACAUUUUAAAUGGUUUGCAAGAAUCCAAAAUAUGAGGAACUCUUUGUGUUUAGAAGAAGCUGUGUUUUGUCUCCGUGCUAGGGUUCAUGAUAUUGACAAAGUAAUGGGGAUCCUUUCCAGUAUUCGCAGAGUUAAAGCUCUUGUUCUAAAUGAUGAUACCUCAAUGGCUCGACUAUUCAGGAGGGAGCAGCUUGAAGAGGUAACAACUGAGCUUUCUUAUGGGGGCAAUGAAUUGGAGUUUGCAAGGUAUAUCUUUGAGGAAGCCAAGAAUUUGAAGAAAAUAGUCAUACUUUAUUUACCCAAUCAAUCAACUCGUACGAGGACGGUAAAUGAAAGGGAGAUGAAUUCUGCAACAGUUGUCUUUGAGGAAAAGCAGGGAAUGCCUGAACUCCACCGUUUCGUUCUGCGUUAG